AUGGGUUGGAGCUCCAAGAAAGACAAAGUCGAUGCCGGCUCAAGCGACGCUGGGCUAGAGAAGCAGAAGUCGUCCUUGUUCGGCCGUAGCAAGGCGCCCAAAUCAUCUGCUACACCAGCAGCAAGCAACCCGUAUGCAGCGGCACCACCUACGAACGACCCUUACGCCCAGCGCAAUACAAAUCCGUAUGCCAAUCAAGCUGGACCGAAUGAUCCAUAUGCGCCUCGCUCCCAAUCAUCGCUUACUCAACCUCCAACAUCAUCUUUUGGGAGCCUGACACUGAAAAGCGAAGCGGGAACUCAGCCGCCCAGCUACCAGUCUGGACCCGCACCCAACAGAUAUGAGAAGUCGCCAGUACCACAGGGUGGAUAUGGUGGAGCACCACGCUAUCAGAGUCAAGGCAACGGACAGGCAAAUGGCUACGGCAAUGCCAACCCUUAUGGCAACGAUCGAGCUCCCGCACAAUCACAAUACGGAUCAGGAGGUUACGGCGGCUUUGGUGGUCGGGGAGGAAGCCAGGAAACCAUUACCACGGAUGCUGGCAGGCAACAGCUUUUUGGUGACGCGCCAUCACGAGCUCAAAAGGCCCAAGAUCAAGGGCCAGCUACGAACCCUGAACAGAAUGGUGACUCGAGCUACGAGAACUCCGGUGGCUAUGGUGCGCCUGGUGCCUAUGGCUACGGUGAGGAGCGCGAGUUGACAGCGGAAGAGAUCGAGGACCAAGAAGUACAAGGAACAAAAGACCAGAUCCGCGAUCUCAAACGAUCAGACGUAUCAGCGACGCGCAAUGCUAUCCGCAUCACCGAGCAAAUUGAGCAAACGGGACGCGACACUUUAGCUCGCCUUGGUCGGCAAGGCGACAUGCUUCAUAAUGCUGAGUCUCAUCUCGAUAAAGCCGGUUUCGAGAAUAAGCGUGCCGAGGAGAAGGCAAGAGAACUAAAGACCCUCAAUCGGAGCAUGUUCGCGGUACAAUUCAAGAACCCGGUCGGUAGAGAUAAGCGCUUCGAGAAGGACAUUCAGCAUGAACUGGAGAAGCACAAGCAUCAACGUAAGACUGUAGAAGAUAGUCGCGAAAGUAGGUACGACAGUCAAGUACGAAAGGAGGGAGCGCAGCGUGAUCUGCGUGGUAAGACCACGCAGCCCGCGAACCCUGAGCGCAAGCUGGCCGAUCGUAGUAGAUUCCAGUUCGAGGCCGACAGUGACGAUGACCAGAUGGAGGACGAGAUUGAUGACAAUCUCGCUGCAUUGCACGAGGGCGCGAAAACUAUCAACAGGAUCGGCAAAUCUAUGGGUGCCGAGCUUGAGAGUCAGAAUAAGCAUCUUGAGCGCAUCAGUAAGAAGACUGAUAAGGUGGAUGAUCAGAUCGCUAUGAAUCGGGCGAGGUUGGACAGGAUAAAGUGA